AUGGAGUAUACAUUGUGCAAAGCUGGAAUUUCUGGGUUCAUUGGCGUGCCACGCUGUCUAGAUGGCACGAUAUGGGCAUGGCACUCUCUUGGUUGCAUUGUCAAAUGGCACAAAACAGAAAUGUCCAAGUAUGCCAAGUACUUGAAGGAUGUGGUGAAUAACAAGGUGAAGCUACAGGACAUUGAGACGGUGGCAUUUACUGAGAAGUACAACUUUGUGGUAAUGAAAAAGAUGCCCAAGAAGCUUAAGGACCCAGGGAGUUUUACCCUCCUUAUAGAGAUUAGUGAUAGCAAAGUGGUGCACACCUUGAGUGAUUUGGGGACAAGUAUAAAUUUGAUGCCUAUGUCAGUGUUUGAAAAUCUUAGUUUGGAGUCCAAACCAUCAAGAACCUCUCUAGACUAUCUCAUUGAGUUGCCCAAGCCACCACCUAAGUCUGACGGGAUGAUGAUUGAUGAGCUUGAAAAGGUUGUUGCUGAGAAAGAUGUUGACCUUGAGAUUUCACUCUUAAGAGGUUAG